GAGACCAAUUUAAUCGCAGGACGCGCAGAUAAUUUUUAAUGAUUGUUUGAAAAAAAAAGCUACCGUAAAGAAACAGAUUAAUGUAAUCGACGCCCAGAUUCGACCUUUAACAGUUUUAUCCUCGUUUUUGUUUUUGUUUUACCUCGAUUACGAAGUUCGCGAAAUUUCGACCAUGACGGACUUACCUGCAGCGACACCUGGUGGUCUUGGGCUGGAAAAAAUACACAUGACAGAAAGAGCAGCUAUGAUUGCAGAAAAUCCGGACGGUGAUGUUUACAAAAAUGAGAGAGACUUGAAAAGUGUUCUUUUUAAGCAAGAGCAGAUGGCUGAUGAAAUCGCUCAGAAAACAGCCAUGGUUUCGGAUCCAGAUCCGUUGGAAUCCCUGAAAGAUGAAUACAGCGUAAAGGACAAGCGGAUCCGGACGAGGAUCAACGAAUUAUCGACGCUCUACGGAACUUUGAGGAGGACCAGACCCGACGGGAACUCCUUUUACAGAGCAUUUGCAUUCGGGUACCUCGAGUCGCUGCGACACGACGUGGAUGAAUUGAUGAAUGCCCAGGACAUCGUGAGACGAGCCAGGGAAGACCUGGUGUGUCUCGGAUACCCGCUGUUUUCCUUCGAGAUCUUCUACGACGUGGUGAUGAUUUCAGAUUCGAUCGUGGCUUACUUGCGAUUGAUCACAGCUGCUCACAUAAAACUGGAUUCCGAGUAUUACACGAGUUUCUACAAAUGGGACAAGAAAACCCUGGACGCGUUUUGUGCCCGGGAAGUCGAACCCAUGAACAUUGAGGCCGACGACAUUCAAAUGACUGCACUUGCUGUCAGAUUUGGGAUUGCGAUAAGAGUGGAAUAUUUGGAGCAGCAACGUGUAGUGGAGCAAACUUGGGGGAAGCCCAUGGAAAGGGUUCGGAUCCGUCGGGACUUCGUCGAAGGCUGGGAUCCGAGGAUUCAUCUUUUAUGUCGACCAGGACAAUUUGACAUUUUAUACAAACCCAGCAGGGACAAACACUCUGGAUCAGCGACACCCUGAAUCCCAAUUUCUUUUUCUUUCUUCUCAAUAACUUAAUAAAUAAAUAAAUAAAUAAAAAGCACAGAACGAACAACAGCCAACAUUUUCUUUCAUUUCUCCUCUCGGCACAUUGAGAACAAUAAAUAGUAACUUUUUGAGAAUGGAAUGCCUGUGUGGAUGACGCGAGGUAACUUGACAUUGCUAAAAAAUAUUGCGAAUUCGACGCAGAAAUGUUGGCAGCGAACUCUUUUUUUUUAUAAAUGAAAUUUCUAACGUUCUCACAGCAGAUGUCAACACGUAUAUGAUC